AACAGAGAAAAGAACGAAGCCAAGAGAGAAAAGUGAUCAGCGUCGUCGACAAGACGAGCCCUCUGACGGCGAGGCGCAUCCGCACGAACGUCGCCACCACGUCUGAAUGGUCUGAAUCACGAUGCUACGAACAGGUCCCUCAUAGUCAUAGGUCUGAAUGGCGGCGGUGGGCAGCAGUCGGGUCGACCGUCCGUCCGUGCGCUCCAGCGAGCUUUUACCUUUCGGCUGAAACGAGGAGAAAAAACCCAUAGGGAGGAGGGAAAAUGGAGCGCCUACUGUUGAAUUUGCUCACGGCCGACAAUGCUGUGAUACAGGAGGCAACCAAGGAGCUUAAGAAAGUACUUCAAACUCCGGAGAGCGUGUCAGCUUUGUGCCAAGUUGUCGUAACGUCGAGGAGCCCAGAGAUACGGCAGUAUGCGACUCUUGUUCUUAGGAGACGUUACACUAAAGGGAAGAGCUGGACAAAAUUGUCUGUACCUAUACGAACUGAAUUUAAGAAAGUUAUUUUACAGGCCUUGGAACACGAGGUGGACAACACUGUUAGAAAAAGUAUAGCUCAAUUAAUAGGCGUCAUUGUUAAACACGAAUUACCUACGAACAGCUGGCCGGAGAUUAUACAUUACGUGCAACGGUUAAUCGCUAGUGAAAGAUUGGAGGAUAAAGAACUAGGCCUUUAUACUUUAUCAGUUAUGACAGACAUUACUCCGGAUGCCUAUACCUCGCAUGCCAGAUCUCUGGUGAUGCUUCUCGCUCAAACGUUGAGCACUCUUGAGAGCUUAGGAAACCCUGCCGCUUUUUACAUUUUGGACACAUUGCGACAUCUCAUCCCCGUAGCUACACACGACGAAACGAUAGUACAUACUUAUGGUACAAUGAUGCCGUUGAUAAUGGCCACGGUUCAGGCUUUAUCCGAAUCCGACCACGAUGUAUCCUUCGCCAUCCAAAGUUUCGAACUGUUGGACGAAUUGUGCGAGAAUAUGAUUGCUGUAAUAACGCCCCACGUGAAACACCUUGUCCACAUGAGCCUCACGAUCAUCGCUAACAAAUCUAUAGAAGAGGACUUAAAAAUUAAGGUCAUCAGUUUCAUCGGCUGGCUGGCGAGACUGAAGAAAAAGGCUCUUGUGAAGCACAAGUUAGUGGAGCCUAUCGUUGACAUGCUAUUCGCAGUCAUGAUGAAUAAACCGGACGAUGACGACGAUUAUUCAAAUGUAGAGAAUGAUAAUACUGUUUUAACAAGCGUUACUCAAACUUUGGACUUACUCGCGAUGCAUUUGCCGCCGGAAAAACUAAUUCCGCAUUUGUUGCGACAUAUCGAACCUGGACUACGAAGUACAGACGAUUAUGUGAAGAAGACGUCGUACGUGGCUAUAGCUGUGCUAGCGGAAGGUUGCGCGGAGUACAUUCGCUCCAACUACCUUGAAUUCUUCCUGCGGUGUAUCUGCGAAGGAAUCUCCUAUCCGUCGCCCGUCGUGCGCAACGCCGCGCUUUACGCCUUGGGUCAAUACUCGGAGCACCUGCAGCCGGAGAUCUCGCAGUAUUCGUCCGAGUUGCUGCCUGUACUGUUUGAAUAUCUCGGUCAGAUAUGCACGUACAUCAAACAAGAGAAGAAAGAACCGCACGCGGUCGGCCGGAUGUUCUACGCCCUCGAGAUGUUCUGCGAGAACUUGCACGAGAGGAUCCUACCGUACUUGCCCAAACUGAUGGAGAGGUUGUUCGAAAUCCUGAACGCAGAUACGUCGCCGCACGUGAAGGAACUCACCCUAAGUGCAAUAGGAGCCGCCGCCUGUGCCAGCAAGGAGCACAUGCUACCGUACUUCGAAACAAUCAUGAACCUUCUUAACAAUUAUCUCACCACCGAGCCAAACGAGGAAAACAUGUGUCUUCAAGUUCAAGCAGUCGAUACUCUCGGAGUGAUUGCUAGGUCGAUAGGCGAGGAACACUUCGCCCCAUUGGCAGCCACGUCGCUCGGUCUCGGAAUAAAACUGCUGAGAAAUACGAUUGAUCCAGACUUGCGGAAGUCUCUCUACGGUUUGUUCGCUGCUAUCAGCACCGUAAUGAAAAAGGAGAUGGCCGUGACUUUGCCCGAGAUCGUCGAAUACAUGAUAAUGAGCAUACGGAGUGCAGAUGGGAUUAUGAUGCACUUUAAGGACGACGAAACUAACGCCCUUGCGGUUUAUGAUGAUCUCAGUGACACCGAAAAUGAAGAAGGAGAAGAAGAGGACAUUGAGUGCACUGACAACGAGGAUGACAAUGAUGAAGAGAUCGACGGUUACAGUGUUGAAAACGUCUAUAUGGAAGAGAAAGAGGAAAGCGUGUUGGCACUGAAGGAAAUUGCCGAAUACACAGAAGAGGCGUUUAUGCCGUAUCUCGAAAGAUCCUUCGAGGAGAUUUUUAAGUUGAUCAAUUAUCCUCAAGAAGACAUACGGAAAGCGAGUAUAGAGGCUCUAUUGCAGUUCUGUGUUAAUCUCUCGAAAAUCAAUACCGACGAAGGUAAAAAAGCACUGUUGAAGGCUCUCUCCAUGUUCAUCCCGAAGCUGUCGGAGCUGAUAAGAUUAGACGAAGAGUUGACAGUCGCCAUUUGCGGUUUGGAGGCAUACCAGGAACUUUUAAGGGAAGUCAAAUCGGACGUUAUCGUCGGUAUUGGUCACAAAGAAGCCAUAGUAAAUUGCGUGAUGGAUGUAAUGAAAGGCAAAACGGCGUGUCAAGAUCAGGAGGAAGUCGAAGGUGUCGAUACCGAAGCGGAACAGGACGAGCUACUGAUAGAAUGCGCGGGGACUGUAUUUUCUAAUUUGGGAGGAGUGCUCUUGGCAGAGGACUUUUCGCACUACUUUCAGACCAUGUUGCCUUUCUUCAUAAAAAGAAUGAAAAUGGACAAUUCGGAAGCACAAAGAUCCUUUGCUGUUGGAACGAUAGCCGAAUGUUUGCCCGGGCUUAACCACAUGACGGUUGCGUAUGUCGCACAACUGCUUCAAGCUUUUCUACAAAGUACCCAAGACCCCUGUAGCGAAGUUCGUAGCAAUUGCUUCUUCGGAAUCGGAGAACUUGUUUUUUAUGGAAAAGAGGCAGUUUAUCCACAUUACCCUAAUAUUCUCCAAACUUUAUCAUGUGCCAUUGCGGAAGAGACGGAUGCAGCUGCACGUGAUAACGUAGUUGGGGCAAUCGCACGACUUAUUAUCACGAAUUAUUCGAAUUUGCCGCUUGAACAAGUAUUUCCAGUUUUUGUUGAACAGUUACCUUUGAAAGCAGACUUCCAGGAGCAUAAAGCUGUGUUUAAAAGUAUUCUUACAUUAUAUCAAGCUGGAGUCACUCUCCUGCAGUCUUACAUUCAUACGUUAUUGAAAGUUGCAGUUGUCAUAUUACACGAAGAAAAGACUGUCGACGUCGAAACGCAAAAUCUCGUCAUGGAGUUUAUCAAGUCUGCCCAGCGAGAUUUUGUGAACGAUUGGAAUGCACUUUUUACCGAGCUGCCUCCAGAAGUUGUCACAAACAUUCAACGUAUAUUUUCCUAAUAUAAACGAUUAGUCAUGCAUUGCAUUUUAUCGUGUUUUAACACCUAAAAUGUUGAUUAAUUCGUACGUUGAUCCGCAGAAAACGGCUCUUUUUAAAGUAUAUUUUCAAAAUAAUUUUUUUGUCUUCAGUUCUUCCCCGCAAUUCAUUUCAAUUGUGGGAUAAAACUAAGAAAAGUAAGUCACGAGGCGAGAAUAACUGCAGUCGAUUAAAUGUAUAUUCCCAGCAGCUUUAUAGACAAAUACUCAUCGGAGUUUUUUUUACUAUUAGUUUAGUCUGCGUCUUUAUUCGUUACUUGCAAUAUAGCUUUAUAAAAUGCCCGUUUGCGACUCUCAUUUAAUAAGUAAAUAAUUUAUAUUAUCUUACAAUUAAAUGAGCAAUUUGUUACCUUUUUGAUGCAUGUGUUAAAACAAUUCUUCCUCUGCUCUCCUACUAUAAAUAGAUAGACCGUAAAUGUUGUAUAAUAAACCGAAAAAGGAGAGAAAAGUCUAGGGAGGGAAGAUUUUAGAAUAUCUGAUUUUCCGAAUGACUAGGGAAUCUCACGAUUCUCUCUUGCAUCGUUCGAUUUUUUAGACCUCGCUCACGGAAUUAUUGGGUCUGUGUAGAUUUGAAAAUUCUUUAGCGUCCAGUGAGCGUAUAAAUGAAAGAUCUGGUUGGCAUACAGAAGUGGUCUAAGCGCGCUUAACGAGAAUACGAACAAAGCUCUGCCUCCAGCAUAGGCGUCGAUGCCAUUGUUACCGAUGAGAGCAGGUAGUGUCGGUUUUCUUUCUUCUUGACUGCAACCAAAAACGUACAGUCUAGCGUACCGUAGCGUAAAUACUGAAAAUAAAUGUAUUAUGUGACUAAUAAAAGUAUCGUACGUGCUCGUUUUUUU